AUGUAUGCGGAUACAUCAUCUGAUGACGAUAGCGACGAGGAAGAGGAACGUGAAGUGUUACCUCCAGUACAAAGAUCGCAGAAAAUAAUGGAUUUCGACAAAAUACAUUCUCAACCGACGCAAAAUGGCAGACUGGAGAGUGAAUCAACAAUGGCGUCAAAUACCUUUGGAGAUUCCGGUUCGGAAGAUGAAGAAAUUGUGGAAACCACUAUGAAAAUGCCGAAGCAGCAAGCCUUAGCGGUGACCAGGAUUGUGGUGAGAGACGACGGCCGGCCCGAUGAGCUCACCUCCGGCAUCAUGAAAGUGAACCUCGAUGGCAGAGAGGCCAUUACAGACGAAGAGUUCUCGGAAAAACUCAUCUGA